AUGUCGCUCAUCGAGGAUCAUGUUCGACGCCUGGAUCUCUACCUGGACAAGCUCCAAUUGCGUGCCCUAGAGGCGGUGCAACCCUCCAGCACGGACCAGGACGGAUCCUCCACGGCAGCCGACCACCUGCUUGCGCCACCGGUAGCCGCCCUCGCCGGAACCGUAAGAGCGUUGUCCGCGGGCUCAUCGUCUGGCCCGUUAUUGAAGCCCUCCAAGCUUCUAGACUUGCUGCGUCGCGUCCGUGAUCUAAAGCCGGACCUGGGACCAAGCGAUGCCGCGUUGGACGAUGGUUAUACCUCGGGCCUGCUAUGGAUGGUUGCCGCAAAAUCAACGGUUCAGGCCUUUGCUGCGAUAACAAACGCAUUGCUCACAGAGACGGCCCCGCUCAGCGAAGUCAUCUGGUACUGGGACGGGGUUUUGGGGUCGUACUUCAACAGCGGCCUGUACGCAAUCCAGACCUCGCCAAUACGGUUUGGAAAUCAUGUCAAGGGAAUUUACCAGCACAUUUGGCGGUGCCAGCCCCAAUGGCGCCAAGAACUCGACAGUGCCACCCUGUCGGCUCGUUGGUCUGCAUUCUACCGGCUGGUGCGAGAAAGUGCGAGGCGGCAGAGCAUGGCAGAAGCGAAACGGGUAUUUCUGUCCCCGUUUCAAUUGUGCCGGACAGAGGCCCGGCGCAAUAGGCGGAGCUUACUGAAGAUGCGCGAGCUCAAUGCCUGUGCGGUCGGGCUUCUAUUGGAAGAGGGCCUACUGUUCGAUUUCGACGAAGAAGAUACCAACACCAAUGUCCCUAAUAGCACCCCAGAAGACUGGCAGGAUACUGUAUUCCGGACCACUUUGCUCAUGCAAACUAUUCUGAAACACGUUAAUGACCUUAGCAACGAUUUUAACGGAUUCGAAGACAACGUGUUUGCCAGUGUCGAUGUUGCUGAAUCGCCAUUUGCUGAAAAUCACCACCCGAAAUAUCCCGUCGUUCAAGCCUUCCACGUUAUUCAGCAGCUCAUAGAUAUUCUUGAAAAACAAUUGCCGCAACAGAGGCUCCUCUCGCGGAACCUCGCGCGUCAGUAUGGCCGACCUUCGCGGCUCAUUCGCUAUUGGCUCCCUGCAUUAGCAUUUUUGUUUUCUUCGAGUACCGUUUUGAAUAUAUUAACGAAUAGACGAGCAGAGCUGAUAACCUGGGCUCGAGAAUUGGGGACCACCGCAAAGGAUUUUUGGGUAAAUUGGGUGAUCGGUCCCCUGACUCGGCUAAUUGGAACAAUACGCCAUGAUGAGAAGAGCGAGGUAGCCUUGAUGAGCAAGGGGAGCUUGCAAUCGGACUUGGCGAGCCUGGAACGUAUGGUUGUUGACUACGCCAUCCGGAACCCGGAAAGUGCCCAUGGCGGAGCGUUCACUUCCGCUGAACUCGAACAAAUCCGGUCAGGCGUAAAAGAAGGCGACCUCACUCUUGUUCUACGGGCCUAUGAACGGGAUUUGCAGCGGCCUCUCAGGGGUGCCCUGCGGGGAGAUCUAAUCACAACAUUGCUUAUACAGAUCCAGAAAACCAAAGUGGAUGUCGAAGUUGCCAUGAGUGGCAUCGACUCCCUCCUCAAAAGCCAACAGCUGGUCUUUGCCUUCAUCGGCCUCACCCCCGGAAUCCUUGUAUCUUAUUCAGUCAUCAGUUGGCUUGCCAGCGCCUUUGGGAGUCGAAGAGGGCUUCGGGUCGGUAAGAAGCGUGAAGAAGCACGACGCUCGCUCCGGGCGGUUAACCGUGUCCUUGCAUCCUCGACUCCUACCCCAACUGGCGUUUUGUCGUAUAAAGAUCAUGGACUGUUGAUUUGCGAGGCAGAGACUCUCCGCCAGAAAGCGCAUCAGGUUCUACCCGGCCACAUAUACCAUGAGUUCCACGAGGACCUCGGCGACCUUUUGAACGUGAAUUCUGGUAUUAGCCAGCAGUUGCGGGUUCUGGAUCAGAUCCGGUGGGCAUAUGCUCAGUGGAUUCGUUGA